AUGAAGUACCUCUUGCUUGUCAUCCGCGGCCUCGAGUACUUGGCAGUCGAAGAGAUUCAUGCCAAGCUUACGGUUAUCUCGGUGAACGUCAUCACGCCCCAGACCAACGCGGCGUUUCCGCAACGCGACUACGAGCGGGGCGAGGCCGCUGUUGGCAAAAUCGUGCUCGAGACAACAUCCUCGCCAGGCGACACCUUUCGCUUCCGAGCGUCGUGCGUCCGCGAUGGCAAGCACGCGUACAAUUCGGAAAAGAUCGCUGGCGAAGUCGGGGGCGCACUCUUGGAGCAUUUCGGCUGGAAGGUCUCGUUGACCGAGUUCCACAUGGAAGUCGUCUGCUUCGUGCUGCACAACCACGUCGUCUGUGGCGUUUCUCUCGCGGACCCGCGCAAGAUUUUCUUCAAGAGCCGCCUUGCGAACGAAGAGCGACACCCUAGCAUGACUUCAAUUCAGUACAUUUCGACGCUUCGCCCGUCGACCGCGUACAUGCUGCUCCAGCUCGCGCGUAUCGAGGCCGGUGACAUUGUCCUCGACGCCAUGUGCGGCGUUGGCACUAUUCCCGCGUCCGCCACGUACCUCGCCGCCCCCGUGUUUGCAUUGGGUGGCGACGUCGAAGAAGACGCUGUCGAGAAGGCCGGGCGCAACGUUGCGGCGCGGCCUGCAACCAUUUGCCAAUGGGAUAGCCAGCGCCUACCACUUCGUGACGGCUGUGUCGACAAGAUCGUGAUCGACAUGCCGUUCGGCGUGCGCUGCGGCAGUCACCAGAAAAACAGCAAGUUAUACCCGCGCUGCAUGGCCGAGCUGUGCCGGGUGUUGCGCGACCACGGUCGUAUUGUGCUUCUUGUGAUGUCCAAGAAACUCAUCAAGGGCUGCCUUGGCAACAAGAACACCGCGGCGCUCUCGAUCGUUGAGGAACUGCACGAAGACAAUAUCGCUACGGCCCAGCGCAUCUAUGACGACGCGCUCGAGGCCAAUGGACCCUCCACCGAGCUUCUCAAUGCCGCGCUUAGCGUGCUCACGAACGCCCUGCGCAUCCAGCGCGCGCUCGACUUUGUCGCGACCGAGUUCCCCAAGCACGACCUCGCACCGGACGCACUCACGUACAGAAGCCUCAUGCGCAUGUUUUUGCGCGCCAAGCGCAUCAAGCGCGCCGAGGCGCUCAUCAGCGAGGCUAAGGCCGCUGGCAUCGCACCUGAUGCCGACUUUUACGGACACCUCGUCGACUACUAUGCCCGGCAGAACCGUCUGCGCAGCGCGCUCUCGACGCUCGAAGAGAUGGACCGUCUUGGCCUGAACCUACACCCGAAACUCGCGUUCAACCUGCGCAAACUCACGCAAAAAUACCGCGUGUACACGGAGCUGCUCGACGAAGACCCCAAUGCGAUUCACGCCAUGAGCCACCAUGGGCUCAUGACCAUGCGCAAGGAGCGCGCGCGCCAGAUAGCGGCCAACCGCGCUGCGGGCCGCAAGUUCUUCAUCCCGCGCCGCUCCGACGUUUAA